AUGGGUGACAUUUUUCAGCCAGGAAAACAUUUGACAUUACGUAAUGGUAAUACAUACCAAAUUUAUGGAAUGCUUGGCAUGGGUUUACACAGCAAAGUUUAUACUGCACGUGAUAAUAAAACAAAUCAAACAUUAGCGUUAAAAGUAAUUGAUCUUAAUCAUAAAAAUAUGUAUGUUAAAGCGAGUACCAUCUCUCGUCGCCAAAGUUUUCAAAACGAAUUACGCUACUUACUACGAUUACAAAAAACUAAUCCGUAUAUUGUACGCGUAUUCGAUUAUGAUAUUCGAAAUACCGGUAUAAUAGCCAUGGAACAAGGACUACCAUUACGACAGUAUUUACCGAAAACUAAUGUUCCUUCGGGCCCAUUAUUACACCCAUCAACCGUUCAUCAGAUGUGGUACCAAUUAGUUGAUGGCAUUCGUUUGUUACAUCAAUCAAGAAUUGUACAUUCUGAUCUUAAACCAGAAAAUAUAAUCGUAUUAUCAAACGGACAAACAAAAAUAAUCGAUUUAGGCGUAUCGUUCACACUGCCAAGAAUGGUUUCGGCAAAAAGACGGAUAUGGGCAGGAACCCCUGAUUAUAGUUCACCUGAAAUGCACAGGAUACCUAAAGGGGUAGUACCUAAGUUCGGUUAUAAAAGUGAUAUAUGGUCUCUAGGAAUUAUUCUGUAUGAAAUGGCUGCUGGUUAUCGACCACUUUAUGGUUUGAGCACAAACUAUGAAAAAAUUAACUAUUUAAGGCACUUGAAACAUGAUUUACCAAUUGAUCAGAAUUUAGAGAAGGGUGUAUAUAAUGCAUUGACGCAAUGUUUAAGAGUGGAUCCUAAACAUCGUCCUACUGCUGAGCAGUUAUUUGUACAUCCCUAUGUAGUCAAUGGUUACUAG